AUGACACAACUCAGCACCUGCUUCAUGCUGUCUUCCACACUCUUCCUGUACUUGUGGAAGUGGGAUGGACCUCAGAAAGGGAAGAGUGAUGAACUCCGUAUCGUUUUGGUUGGAAAGACGGGUGAAGGCAAAAGUGCAGCAGGAAACACCAUAUUGGGACGAGAAGUGUUCAAGUCGGUGCUGUCACCAUCUUCCUGUACAGUCGAGUGCACAAGAGCUGAGGGAGAGGUCUGCGGUCAAAAGGUCACCAUCGUUGACACUCCGGGGCUGUUUGACACUUGUGUCAAUGAGGAAGAACUGUUGAAGAAGAUGGAAUCAUGUAUUUCACUCUCUGCACCUGGUCCUCACGUCUUCCUGGUGGUUCUACAGCUGGGCAGAUUUACACAGGAGAGGGAAGACACUGUCAAGUUGAUUCAAAAUACUUUUGGGGAGAAGGCAGCGAAAUAUUCACUAGUGCUGUUCACACAUGGUGACAAACUAAAGAAACGCUCUGUUGAAAGCUUUAUUUCAGAGAAUGACAAACUCAAGGAGCUCAUCCAGGUCUACAAUGGCAGGUAUCACGUUUUCAACAACGAAUCAAAAGACCAGGAACAAAUCAGACAGCUCCUGGAGAAAAUGACCGAAAUGACUUGGGAGAAUAGAGGAAGGCACUACACCACAAAGAUGUUCAGAAAGGCCAAAAAGGCCUCAAAGAAGGAGAAACGAAGACUUUCUAAGGAACUGAAGGCAGUGGAGAAGCAGAGGAGGAGCAUCUUAGAGGCUGAAGUAGAGAAAGAAAUGAACUUAACAGGACAGUCAAAGGAACAGCAGAAAUGUCUUCUGCAGUAG